UGCACCUAAACAUUUUACAUGUUACUCCUUUGCAGCAUGGAGAUCUUCCGACCUCAGAAGGAACAUGGUUUAACGCAGACUGGUUUGAAAGGAAAAUUUAAGAUUACUACAAGAUGUCUAUGGCUUGAUAAUGGAAGAUUGUUGGACGCACUCUACAAAGCAGCUCAUGCUGCAUUGUCAAGCUGUCCUGUGAAUUAUCCACUUAGUCACAUGGAGAGGAUGGUAGCUGAAAUCUUGAGGAAAAUGGUACGGAAGUAUAGUGAGAAGAGGCCUGAUGUCAUUGCGGUUGCUAUGGAGAACACCACAACAAGUUUCUCAAAACACCUCGAUGCUAAAUCAUCUAGAAAUUUUGAACCUUCCUCAGCUACUAGCCAUCUGAGCAGGAGUCCAGCUAUGAGUCUUGAAGGCAGUUAUAAAACACACCCAGACAACCCAGAGGUGGAUGCUGAAGAAACCCUUCCUGAGGCCACGAGAACAACACCGGAUGAUGCAACCACAAGUUCCAAUGGUGAAGCAUUCUUCUCUUCAGAUUUACAUCAGCCUAAAACAUUGGAGCACUUAUGGGAGUCAUUCAAAUCUCCUAUAGCUGUUAAAAUUGCACGGAUUGUCAAUGGGGGGAAGAAGCAAAAUCUCGGCAAGAUUGGCAUAAUGGGUAAGGACUCAUCAAUCCAGUCAACUCCCGCUCCAGCUAAAUCUUCAAAAAAGAACAAGUGGAAACCUGAGGAAAUCAAGAGCUUAAUACAGAUGCAUGGCGAGAUGAAUGAGAGAUUUCAGAGCGUGAAAGGAAGAAUGGUCCUGUGGGAGGAGAUUUCCGACAACAUGUUGAAGCAAGGAAUAAGUCGUACUCCGGCACAGUGCAAAUCGCUUUGGACAUCGUUAGUUCAGAAAUACGAGGUUAGGGAUAAAUUCUGUUUCUUCUGA